AUGAAUCAACAUCUUCAUUCGCCGCAUAAGUUAACCGAAUUCGCUCGUGAUUUCGAAGAAGAACCCGAAACGUUUCUCUCGAAAUUCGUUAAUAAAAUCCAAAAUGCCUACAAUUCAUCUUAUAACACAGUAAAUGAUGCUCCAACUGGUAGCACUAGCAGCGGACCCUCAACACCAAUUGCUCCUAAGCCAAAUUCACAAAGUACAUUCUAUGCUGAGGUCGAGAGUAUUUCAAGAAAUAGUUCUUCGUCGAGUUUGAGUUCGGCAAAUAAAAUUGGAAAUUCUCAAACAAAUCAAGAUGGAUCAGGCUCCACGACGACGACGGAAGAAACAACCAGUGAAUCUACUGAAAAGACCGAUGAAAUUCAUCCGGAAGCAUCCGAAGGUCGGACAAUGUUAAAUGUUCUGAAAAGAAUCAGCAACAUUGUCGCCGCAAAGAACAGCAACCUCCGGAACUACAAGGACACCGAAUUACAACGCUUCUGGAUGCCUGAUGCCAAGGCUAAGGAAUGCUACGAUUGCUCACAAAAAUUCUCAGCAUUCCGGCGAAAGCAUCACUGUCGUCUUUGUGGUCAGAUCUUUUGCUCAAAAUGUUGCAAUCAAGUUGUCCCUGGAACGAUAAUCAUGUGCUCUGGUGACUUAAAGGUUUGCAACUAUUGCUCUAAAAUAGUCUUGAGUUACUUGAAAUCUCCCAACAUAACCGACGAUCUAAAACUAGACCUUCAGGCUUUGCAGGAGGAUCUCUCGAGUAAACUCUCUCAGAACAAUGAAUCCGAUGAGAAUCUCCAACCGCGCUCAAGUCUGCCCCGAAAAGUCUCAGUUGGCUACCAAGAGGAACGUUUCGCUGCAAAUCAAAUAAAUAUUCUAUCGAAUGCCGAUCGCAGGAACAUCCUCCAGCAAUCGAAUUCUCUGAUAAUUCUGCACGAGGAAAUGAUCCGUCAGCUCCCAUCUCAGAAUUGUGGCUUGGAACUCAUCGAGUUCCUCAACACAAAUCAGAAAUCCUCAAACAAAAUCCAAGCUGUGGCUAUAUUGAGUGCAAUGCACGCUGCAGGCUUCCUUCUCCCCAUCGUUCCGGACUCGGAUCAAACUGAAUUCGACGAGAACUUACAUUACCGAUUCGCUCCAAAGCGUCCCGAUGUAAUGACCACAGGAAUACUUGAAGUAGACGUGGAUCCCGACACUCCGAUUCCAAAUCCAAACGAAUACAGUCCCAAGUACGACAGCGAGCUGCAGCCCCCAAAGUCCAUCGAUAUGAGUCUGAGUUUCCAAUCGGUGAAGGAUGUGGAACUGGAGAAUUCAAUACGGUCCACCACAACCACUUCCAAGCUAUUGGAGUCCUAUUGUGACCAUGAGGAUCAACUACUCACACAAAUGCUACGAAAUGCUAAUCUCGAUCAAACCUGGUCGAAAGUCCUAACUCCGUUGUGCUGUCGAGCUGCGAAUCACUUCAAACCAGAAUAUUGCACCAAUGAAUUGAUGGACAUAAGAAACUACGUGAAUUUCAAGAAGGUACCCGGUGGAAAGCGUCAGGAAUGCACGAUUGUCGGAGGAGUAGUGUUCACCAAAAACGUCGCCCACAAAGACAUGGCCACCCGAGUGGAUAGACCAAAAAUUCUGCUCCUACAAUGUCCAAUUGUUUACGAACGAGUCGAGGGCAAAUUCGUGAGCAUCUCAACGGUCUUGCUGCAGGAGAAGGAGUAUCUAGGCAAUGUGACAGCAAGGAUCAUGAAUUUUAAGCCGAAUGUUGUGCUGGUUCACAAGAACGUAGCUGGCAUUGCUCAGGAUAUGCUCCGAUCGCAUGGCAUCACUCUCGUUCUGGAUGUCAAAAUAUCAGUAAUGGAACGAUUGUCGAAAGCCCUGCAAUGUGAUAUUGUGUCGUCGAUUGAAUCGAACAUAGGCAAACCAAAGCUUGGGAUGUGUGAUGCUUUCUAUAUCAAGAGCUUUGAUGAUGGUUUUGGAACAACAAAAACUUUGAUGUAUUUCGAAAAACUUUCCAGUCCUCGAGGUUAUACUUGCCUCUUGAGAGGUGGGAAUAAUGCUGAAUUGGCCAAAGUUAAACAGGUGGCUUCUUUUCUUGUCUACGCAAGGUACAACUGGCGCCUUGAGAUGUCGUUUCUUCUUGAUGAAUUCGCUCGACCUCUCAGUCCAAAGCCUCUUAUCUUCGACUCGAAGGAACAAAGUCCUUCUGAUGACCUUGAAUCUGGUGAAUUGCUUCGUGCCGACAACAAUAACAUCGUCGCCGAACACGAUAACGAUGUAAUUGGGAAACCAGUUCAAUUUUCCAUGAAAAAAUUGAUUGAGCGUAAAUCUGAGGAUAAACUUGUCACAAUUGAGAAUGUUAACGACUUCACCGAUCCCCUGCGUUCGACGGAUCUCGAGAACAAUAAACUCUCUCCAGAUUCUUCAAUUGUCGAGCUUGCAGUCGAGACACCCUACGAUAAUCGCUUUCGGACAGCUUUGAAUUCGACAAUCUUGUCUGUUUCGCCAUUUCUUACAUUCCCCUUGCCGUAUUUAGAAACAGAACAUGGACGAAAGUGUCCUCUGCGUUCCCAUUUUCCCAAGGAACUUUUUUACUCCAAACAAUUGUCUUCGACUUCGUCGAAUGACAAACCAUCACAAAACGAAAAUGAAGCACAAAAACCAACCAACCACGUUGGUUCAGGACAAGUGAAUCCUUUGCAUCCAUUUCUGACAACAAAAAUCACAACUCCCAUUGACAAUCGAGAGUUGCAAACGUUGUUGGCUGAAUUUCGAUCUUUCGGAGGGAAAUAUCCCAAAAAGAAAAAGAUGACCAAGAUAAAACAUCGAGAAUCCUUUCAAAAGCCUCAAAAAGUAAGUGAGGAACAACUUUAUAAGGACGCCCUUGAUUUGGAGAAUCAUCAACGUCUUCCAGUGCUGUUCUGCAGCUUCUAUUUUAAUCCACAAGCUUCUUCAUUUUGUGCUCAACCCACUUUGUUGGAUAUGAAGUUUUAUGGGCAACAAGACAUCAUGCUGGGACAAUUCCUGCAACGCUAUUGCUUCAGGGUUUCAUACAUCUGUCAACUUUGUAACUUGCCCAUGAUGGAUCAUGUCAGGAGGUAUGUCCAUUCAACGGGAUGCGUCCAGGUCUUUCUGAAUAAGGACACAAUCAAAAACGAUCCAAAUCGCAUCUAUUUCACUUCAUGGUGUUCCAUUUGUAAUGAAGUUAGCCCAAGUGUUCCCAUCUCAGACACAACCAAGUGCUUAUCAUUUGCUAAAUAUCUUGAACUACGGUUUUAUGGUCAUGCUUAUAAGAAACGUUCCCUCGACAACAGCGACUCGGACUCGGAGUUGCUUCAAACUAAAUGCAAUCAUUCUCUGAAUCGGGAUUACAUUCAUUAUUUCACCUACAAUGGAAUUGGAGCGAAAUUCAUGUACUCUCCGAUUGAAAUUUGGGAAAUAGGGCUUCCACCGCUUGUCCUGCAUCUCAAGAAACCCAAACCUUUUCAUGAUUUCCAAGUGAAGGAAGACAUAAAGGCAUUUUCUCAAGCGGGACAUGAAGUCUAUUCGAAAAUUCACGAGAAAAUAGCUGACUUUGCGACGGAGGAUGAGACAAACAAUUUGGCGACUUUCAAGACUUCCCUGCAUAAGGAUCAGUUCGAUUUCAAGAAACACGUUGAAGUUGUUCAUACGCUCCUUGUCGAGAAAGAGGCGAACUCUUAUGAUAUAAAUGAUGGCAUGAUAAUGGCUAAGAGGGCUUUAGCCGAGAGUAUAGAGGCCUGGACACCGAAACUGCACGAAAUGGGUGUCAAGGCUAAGUCUCAAUUCAAACACGAUUCCAAUCAGCAAAUCGAUUCGGGACAAAUUUGCACCGAGGACUUAAGAUCAGACAUGGAGUCGCCAACUGGAGAAGCUAAAGUGAUACCAGAGGGUCAAGAAGAAGCGGAUGCAGUUACUCCUUUGGAGAAGAACAAGAACCUGGAGCAUGUGACAGACAAGAAGAGUAUUAAGAAGAUGUUGAGUAGCUUCUUGCCCUCAACGGCUACAGCGAAUCUCCUGCAGUCUCCUUUGUCGGCGAACGAACAUCUGACUCUUCCACUUGGCACAAUACCGAUUCUGGUUCAUGAUCAGGAUUUGAGCUCAAUUAUUGCCUACAGCCUGACCUCGCAUGACUACAACAAACUGGUUGAUAUGAUUUCCCACAGUAGUGGUCAUCCUCCCACCAGUAGUCCCAAUCCUAAGAAGAAAAGUGAUGGGGCAUUUGAGUUCGAUGAGAAGGAAGCCCCCAAGACCUCGGAAGAUGAGAAAAAACCCAGUAAAUCCAAUUCCCACAUUGAUAUGGCAUUCCAAGACAGCACGACACAGUUCACUUGUAAAGUGUUCUUUGCAAAAGAAUUCGAUUUAUUAAGAGCGAACACCCUCAAAGUCCCAAAGAUGGGAAGGAAUCUGUUCAAGGAACUGGAGCACAGCAAAAACCGUGAAGAACUCAAAAUAACACAGAAAGGUUCCAAUUCCGAAAUCGAGAUAAUUCGAAAAGCUAGUGAUCCAGCAAUUCAGACACCGAUCUCCAAACCUCCCGAAGACGAAAGCUCUCAAUUGCAAUCGGACAUAGAAGCUACUCGAGUUUUCUUGGCGCGAUCACUUUGCCGGAGUGUGCAGUGGGAAGCGAGAGGUGGCAAGAGUGGUUCGAAAUUCAGUAAAACUCUGGAUGAUCGAUUUGUUCUGAAAGAAAUGACCCCCAAGGAUAUUGCGAUUUUUGAGAAUUUCGCUCCAAAUUAUUUCGAAUACAUAUCCAAGUGUCAUCAACAGAAUCAUCCAACGCUGUUGGCCAAAAUUGUCGGCGUCUUUAGGGUGACCAUCAAGAAGAAAGAUUCUUUUCAAGAGAAGUUUAUGCUUGUGAUGGAGAAUCUCUUCUAUGAGUGUGACAUCAAGAAUAAGUUUGAUCUCAAAGGUUCGGAGAGGAAUCGACUUGUGAAUCCAACAAAUCAGAAUGGAGAAAUUGUUCUGCUAGAUGAAAACUUGGUUCAGAUGUCUUGGUCGAAACCACUAUAUGUCCUCUCGCAUAGUAAGGCGGUUCUCAAGGAUGCCAUCAAUCGGGAUUCAUCAUUUCUGGCGAAGAAUCAAGUUAUGGAUUAUUCACUUUUAGUUGGAUUAAACAACAAAGGGAGCAUGUUGGUCUUAGGAAUUAUCGACUAUAUUCGCACAUACACAUUCGAUAAGCGUGUUGAAACUUUACUUAAAACCCUUGGCAGUGGAAUGGGUAAACAACCAACAAUUAUUCCUCCAGAAUGUUAUAUGAAACGUUUUACCGAUGCUAUGGAUCGUUAUUUUUACACCGUACCCGAUCGGUGGGAGGGUUUAUCGAAAGCUUGAUUAAAAAUAUACAACAUAGAAUAAAUACACACAAAUUGAUAUUGAAUUAAACAAAUAAAACUCUUAAUCUGAUUUAUUACAAUAAUUUAAUUGUAGAAAUUUUAUUAUAAAUAUUUAUAUACAAAUAAAAAAACGUGUUAUUUAAAAGGUC